CUGAAUAUAAUGAAAAGAAAUUGCAUUUUGCACAUAUAAAUGUUUUUAGUUGAUUUGCACAAUAAUUGUUAAUUACAAACUGAAAAUAUAUUUAUUUUGAAUUGCAGCCACAACGAUAGGGGAAGCAUUCUCCAGUUCUCGCGAUUUCUGUGUGCUUACGUGUUGCCAUGUCUGCAGAAAAUAAACGAAAUGUCGUUUAUAAAGUGUCACUUUCCCUACACAUAUUUUCCAAAACCUUUUUUAAUCUUAGUAAAGCUUUAAAUGUAAAAAUAAAUAAAAAUAAAAUGCAUUUGGUAGCUUAUUUGGACCUAUUUUGAUCAGAGAAUUUGCAUAUGUUGGACGCGUAGUAGCCUGUUUUUACGUGAUCUGUCAACAGACUAGUCCAGUCAACAUGGACUGAAUCAGCAAACACGUGGACGCGCAUCGUAACACACUGAAAACUCAUAAAAACAGUCUGUUUGAAAGGCCUGCCUUUGUGUUAUCUCUUAGGAUUGAUACGAAAUUGAUCAGUAAUCUCUCAGUUUGUAAUUAUCUGUAGGUGGCCUGAUUAAUUUUCGUGAGAGGAGUCAAGCUAGAGCUAGAGCGAAUGCUCUGAAUGCUUAGCAUCGAAUAAAAUGUAUAAAUAUAAUCGCUAACUUUAUUUUGUAAAUCAAAACACUGUGUCCGCAGUGACUUUGUACGAGAAAUUCUUACUUUCGUUUACUCUCAGAAAUAACCACAACUAUGAGCAAAAAGACCAAGAAAACCAACGACAACUUUGGCACUAACGUUAGAUGUUCAAUCUGCGGUCAACAGUACGGACGAAAGUUUGUUGCAGAUGCUAUAACGAGGCGGGGCUUUGUAGAUAUUUGAUUGGACAACAAAAGUUAUAGAUAAGCAUAUGCAUUCUUAUUUCCACCAUGAAGCAAUUGAGAAGAUCAAGGGCAGUCUACAGCUGCAUAAGUGUUGGGCAUGUGAUGUAUCUGUGAUGGGACUAGAGCAGUACAAGGAGCAUAUUGCCACCGAAAUGCACAAACAAAAUCUGUUUAAACUCCAAGAUAAAAGACAUAAAAGAGAACAUUUUAAAGCGGACUACAAUAUUGACCUAAAAGAUACUGAAAUAAAAGCCCUUUUUGACCCAAGACCGCAAGGCAGGAAGAAAAAAAAAGAUCUGGACAGAUGUUCUAUCUGCCAUCAUCGCUUUCCUGAACAGGACUGGGACAAACAUAUGCACAGUUUUAUCCACCAUCAGACAGUUGAGCAACUGAAGGGCAGUGAACAGGAGCAUAAGUGCUGGGCCUGCGAAAUGACUGUGAAAGGCAUGGCAGCGUUUAAGAAGCAUAUUUCCACCGAACAUCACAAAAGGAAGCUAUCUGAUUUGACGAAGAAUAGAAAACUUGGAAAAUAUACAUUGGACUACAGUGUUGAAUUUAAUGAGCUUAAAGACCUUUGUGCCCAAAGAGACCAAGAAAAAUUUAUGAAAAAAAGAGAGAAAAUGGGGAAGUGGAAAGCAAAAAGGAAGACCAUGAAGUUAAUUCAGAUAAGAAGCACAGCUGGCAAUGAGCAUUGUACAACACCUUUCAUGGUGAAUCAGGAGUUUGAAGCUGGCCAGUUCCCCCCAUCAUGCCAUUUCAUGUUCUUUUGGGAAAAUCAAAAUGACCAUCCAGCAGCUAUCCAGCAUAACCAAAACCUGCCUACACAGAGACAAGAGAGCAUACUUGAUAUGGACAGAUCAGAUGGGCCGCUUGUGAAGAGUCUUGAGAGACCAUCAGAAAAUAUUCCUCAAGAAAUGUCUGCUCAUGGCACUCAUCCCAACUGUGAUGGAAAAAGUACAGAUGUUUGUGUGAACCAUGUGACUCCAGGAACUGAGUGUGGUGUUGCUGCUGAUCCGACAUGUGCCCCUGAACUGGUCCAAAGCAGGAUGGAGGCCAACAUACCCAACUUGACAGCAGCAAGGGGAGUUUGUUUAACACAGGAGGAAGCAGCUGGGAAUGAAGCUGUGGUUCUUAAUCCUCCACAACACGCUAGUUCCAAAAAGUCUAUGUUGAAAGUAAAUGGAGCAGGAUCACAGAGUGAACAGGGCAUGACCAGAGAAUGCAUGAGUGGAAAAGAACCAUACACAGAUUCUUUUCUGCCUGUAUCUGUCCCGGCUGAGAUGUUCAAAAGCCAGGCUUCAGAAAAUGAGUUGGAGAUCAUUGAAAACGUUCGGCCUCAUACUGCGCAUAUUCAGAAAAAGAGAUCAAAUGAGUGUGAGACAGAACAGGGAGAAACAUCACUGGAGCAUCACAGCAGCUUUGAAGACACAUCCUGCAAUGUCCAGAAAACCAAGAGGAAAAAACAAGAUGAUUCAAAUUCAGAUCUGAAUCCUGAGAUAAACAACAAAAUAUCCAGAAAAAGAAAAGUGAAUAAGUUGAUAUCGCUGUCUAUGAAAGAAGAGGAGUUAAACAGCUCUUUGGAGAAUGUAGGUGAGCAGCUGUUCCAGGCGUACUCCACCCUGCAGAACGCAUUCACCGAAGUCCAGCGUCUACUAGCUGUUAAACAAGAGGUAACCUCAGAAAUGGCCUCGCUCAGGGCAAAGCGCAUAAAGAUUCUGCAGGAUAUGAAAAAUCCUAGUGACCAGCAGGAGGUUCUAAAUGAAUCUUGACUGCCGUGUGAACCUCUGAUGAAAGGAUUGGUCUUCAGUAACCCAAUGAGCCUCACAGAGCAGCUGGAACACAGGAUCUGCUCCCAGAAGUAUCUGAUGCUCAACAUACCUCUAGUGCACUAAAUUGAGCUCUGUGAGCAAGUACCUCAUUGCAAGGCCCAUAACUGCACUAUUAGAACAGACUUCAAUUCUAUUUUUAUAGUGGUUUAUGGCAAAUCACAUUGGAUUAUGCAUUAAUUAUAAUUUUUUUGCUUUGAUUCUGGCAUAAAAUGUAAUUUCGAUCUUGACAUGUAAAAAAAAAAAAAAAAAAAAGGUUUUGAGUCCAACAAAGCUUCCAUCCAUCUGAAGAUUCAGGUCAGUUAAAAUAUUUUCAGAACAGCACUCCAGCACAAGAAGUUUUGUUCAUACGGUUAAUCUUCUGUUUGCAGCCAUGACACACAUCUUUUGUACUAUUAUGUGCUGUUUGUUUAUGUUUUGCAAAUCAUGGCUAUGGUAACAACUGGAAUAGAACAGCCAAAUGUUGUAAUCUUUAUUCAGUUGAAUUAUUUACGAUUGCACAGUAGCACACAUUUUCUAAGGAUGUCGUUUUAGGCAUGACAUUUAAUUUGACAACAUUCUGUCACCUUAAAGGUAUAGUAAACCAAAUAAGUGCUUUUUACAAGACAUAAAUGAGCCGUCACGGUCCGUUCAGUAGCUCAUAGUCAAUCCAGUUUGUUCUAGACCAGCAUUUGCUGAAGAAAGAAGCUGCAGUGGUGUACAGUACAAUUGAUUUGAAUCCAGACCUUUCUCCACUUAAUGGAAGUUGAAAAUGGGAAAAGACCACUCGCUUUCCACCAGGCUUCCAGCAGGCAUCUGUGUCUUCAGGCAUACAUGGUCAGUUGAAGCCACUGUGUAUAUAGUGUAGAAAACAGAAACUUAUUUUUUCUUUGGAGUGUGAAUAGCAGUGAUCAGUACAAAUAAUGGUUAAAAAUCAU